AGUCAACACUGGACUCACACAGGCACCUGUCAGUCGCGGCUCCACUAAGGUAACUUCACCUUUUAUUUUGUUGCCGAGCGGAAGCGCCGUCACGCUGAUCAUAGAUUGGAGAGUUGCCUCAGAGUUGAGGCGUUUUCCUGAGUUUGGGACAAGGUGUUGGCGGCUUCCCCCAGGUACAGCGGCCCUACACUAGCUUACACCCGCGUGUCUCCCCCUCCUCACAUUACACCAUCUCCACAGGGGAGUUAUCGAUCAACACCUGACUCCGGGUCACAGACGCGGACACCGCGGCCGGCAGGAGCUGAGCGAGGGGGUGAGAGCCGAUGGCUGGCGAGCAGCGGAGGCCGGGGAUUCACCGUGGGGCUGGAGCCGUGCCUCAUCGGUACUCGGAUGCUGACCUGGAGGAGAGGGCCAAGGCACUGCUGCUGGAGCCCAGGUUUGGGUCGGACCUGCAGUUCAGCUCUGGCGUGGAGGGGCAGCUGUCGCCGGAUGGUGUGGGAUUGGACAACCUGGGGCUGUGCGGUGCCAGCUCGAUGCCCUCGCUGUGUGAGGUGCCGCGCGUGGUGCUGAGCACGGAGAGUGCCGCGGCGUUGAAGCUGGGCCACCAGCAGCUGAUCCCCAACAAGCUGGCGGAGACCAGCAGACCCAGCAGGUGGCAGCGAGGCAGCUCUCCCACUGGACGCAGGGACAGCGGGCGCAGGGAGGUCCACAGCAUGCCCCCCUCCGACCUCUGCUACAUGGACGGCAAGGAGCCGAGCACCACCCUGCAGCGUAACCGUCGCAACCAGUCAUACAAGGUGGCCACCGGCGGCUUCACCGACUUCACCAACGACAAGGAGCUACUGGCCGUGCCCACACUGGUGGCCGUGCCAGAGACGACGGCACCGAGGCCCGCACGGAGUCCUGGCAGGAGCAAGCGGACCCUGGGACGGAAGAAAGGCCCCCGCAACCGGAGCUCCUUUAAGGAUGACCCGCGGCUGUACCAGGAGGUGCGGGAGAGGGGGCUGGGCAUGGUCCCAGAGUCCGACGACGACCUGCUGGAGGACACGGAGCAUCUGGAAUCCCGGGAGUCCAACGAGAAGAUCGUGGUCCAGAACUACCGGCCGCCACAGAUGACCUGGAGCCAGUUGCCACAGGUCAUAGAGCGAGGGAUCUUGCAGACACUGUCAACUGAGGAACGCAAGAGGCAGGAGGCCAUCUUCGAGAUCAUCGUGUCAGAGUUCUCCUACCAGCACAGCCUGAAUGUCCUAAUCAAUAUGUUCAAGAACUCCAAGGAGCUGCAGAAGACCAUGACCACGACGGAGCACCACCACCUCUUCUCCAACAUCUGUGACAUCCAGGAGGCCAGUAAGAGGUUUUUUGACGAGCUGGAAACACGCCACCAGGAUAACCCAGUGAUCCGAGACAUCAGUGACAUUGUGGAGCGUCACGCAACACAUCACUUUGAUGCUUACAUUGUCUACUGUUCCAAUGAAAUGUACCAACAGAGAACCUUGCAGAAGUUACUCAUCUCCAACGCGCAGUUCAAGGAGGUUCUGCAGCAGAUUCAGAGCAAGCCGGAGUGUGGAGGCCUCCCCAUCAUCUCCUUCCUGAUCCUGCCCAUGCAGAGGGUGACACGGCUGCCCUUGUUGGUGGAUACUAUUUGCCAGAAAACCAACCGUUUCCAGGUGGAAUAUGAUGCAGCGACUCAUGCACUGAAGGCCAUCAGCAAGCUGGUGAAGUCGUGCAACGAAGGGGCUCACAAGAUGGAGAGGACGGAGCAGAUGUUCACCAUCCAGACACAGCUGGAGUUUGGCAAGAUCAAGGGCUUCCCGCUGAUCUCCACCUCGCGCUGGCUGCAGAAGCGCGGCGAGCUCCUCACCUUUGCGGAAGAGUCCGGCAUCUUCAGUAAAGUGUUUGGGAAACAAACCAGUUUCCUGUUCCUCUUCAACGACGUGCUGAUCAUCACCAGGAAACGCAGUGAGGAGAGUUACACAGUGCAGGACUAUGCCACUUUGGACCAGCUUGAGGUGGAGGCCCUGGAGAACAACGACUCGCCCCACUCCCCUCCCGGCAAGGGCACCGGGGGCAGCACCCCCUCCAACCACCUCUUCAAGAUCACCAUGAAGAAGAACAAUGCCGGGGAACUGGAGCACAUGGUCUUUGGCUCACAGUCGCUGAGUGACCGAGCUCGGUGGAUCGAUGCCCUCCUGAAGAAGGAUGAUGACCGCAUCAGUAAAGAAGGCCUCCAGCAGGUGGAGAUCGUCAAGGCACACCUCGCCAAGCAGCCCGACGAGCUGUCGCUGCAGCAGGCUGACGUGGUAGUCAUUCUGCAGAAAGUGGACGGCUGGUACCACGGAGAGCGGAUCCGUGAUUGGGAGAGAGGCUGGUUUCCCGAGUCCUGUGCCAAGGAAAUAACCAAUCACAUUGCGGUGCGACGGAAUGUCCAGCGAAUGGAGAGGCUGCGGAUCGAGACUGAUGUGUAGCCGCCCUCUGACCCCGGCCCACCUCCAGCCCCAGACCCUGCCCCACCACCCCAGCCUGGCAUGGGUCCCUCUAUACCCAGCCCUGGGACCCCAUGGCAUUGACCCCCCCCUCCACGGCCUGGCACUGGGUCCCUCUAUACCCAGCCCUGGGACCCCAUGGCAUUAACCCCACCCCCUAGCCUGGCAUGGGUGCCUCUAGACCCGGGGUAUCAUGGCUUGCCCUAGUUCCGGGCUAUACCCUGCACUUGAGGCAUCAGCAGGCCAUGCCCAUUGCCCCACCAUCAUGCAUUGGCUGGUGGACCACCCAGUAUCAUUCCCAUCCACUCCCUCUGCUGCCCGGGAUGACUGAGGAAGGGGGUCUCAGCCAAUAUUUCUGCUUGUUCAAGGGGAUGGAUGUGUGCAGUGUUGUGUCCAGCCGACAUGUCCAGCAGAGGCAGCAGCCGGCUUCAUGUUUCCCACAAGUGCCCCGUGACAGUGACUGGAAGUGUUGGGUUUUCCCAUCGACAAGAUCACCCGCUCGGCAACAUUUCCACUCACGCACUUUCACUAAAGUAAUUAGCAAUUGUAUUUUAAACUCAGGGUCUGUGUGAAUUAUUGGGAGGGGUUGGGUUUUGGGUUUUAAUCUCAGUGAUGUUGAUUGAGGACAGCCUCGCUUUACUGGGUUAUAUUGUCAUGAAUGUUUCACGCCCAUUGUGGGUGCGAUUAGUGUAAAUUGUGGAAAGCAUGUGUAACCUGCGAUGAGCCUGGGGAGUGGUGGCGUUUUAUGGUGUAGAAGCAAGUCCAGGGUUUAAGGCCAUUUCCUCUUGUCAGUGGGGGCACCUUGUCCAGCGAGAAGUUGCACAAAAGCAGUUUCCUAAACUGACCUUAAAAUGAUUGAGAACGAGAAUGAGAGCACAUGAGUGCAGGUGGAUGAGCAAGUGCCAGGGCUGGCGAGAAGAUAUGAGUAAGGAGGGAGAGAGAGAGAGAGGGGUGAUGGGCAUAGUGGCGGUGGGGUGAAGUGAGAGUGGAGGAACAAUGUUCAUUCUCCUGGGCUCCAUCACUGGGGAGAAACCAACCAGCGAAAUGGUUCCAGUUGCCAGGACUUGCCACUCUCCUCUCCCUGAUGUGAAUAGGAAGCCCGUGAUCCAUCACAGAAUCCCCAGACUCGGGGACCUUGGACUCCAUUAUCUUGACCAGGAUUGGAGUGGAGAUAGAUUAUUCAUUCCAAAGCCAGGCGCUGGCAGUCUGAAACAUAAUCAGAAAGUUCUGGAAAAUUCUCAACUGGUCCGACGGCAUCCAUGGAGAGAGGAGCAGAGUUAAUGUUGUGGGUUGAUGAGUCACGGACCUGAGAUGCUGACUCCGCUACUCCGCCCACCCCCCCCACUAAUGUGGUGCCUAGACCGGGUGAGGCGGCCGAUCUUGCCCUCAUUUGGACUUCCAUGGCCGAUCGGCGGGUUGAAUUUGCCGCCUGCGGCUGGGGCUCUGGAACUCUGGCCUGGCCAGAGCUGGCAAAUCCGUUCCCAUACCCGACUUCUGAGGCCAACUUUACGGGCUGGUGUCUCGGCACCCUGACAGCCCAGGCGGAUCGAUCCAAAACCAUUGGACUCCACUCAGAGGCCGUCACCUCUGUUGGUCCGGCAAAGGCUCUGGAGCCAAGGACACCAGAUAAUCAGGGGUGGGCCUGGAUAUUGUUCCCCCACAGCUGGAGCUUGUGUGGUGUCAGUGGGUGCAGGGGCUCACACCCACCCCACCUCACUCACACUAGUGCAAGAGCACCCACUCCCACCCGCUCACUCACACGUACCAACAACGCCACACAGGUGUGCAGGCAGGUACCACACAGGUGUGCAGGCAGGUACCACAGGUGUGCAGGCAGGUACCAUGCUCGCCUCUCGCUCAUUAAAUGUAACCGAUUUGGAGAAGGGGAAACAGGACGAAGAGAAGGAGGAAGAGGGAGAGUAUUGGCCAGUAUCCCACACCUCCACGCCACCUCCCUGCCAACCAGCUGUGUGCCUGAGUCACCGAGACCUUUGUCUGCUGGCUCGUGGUGGUGGCCAGGGCAGGCCAGGCAUUCAUUAGGGGCAGGGGAAAUGUGAACCUUCUCCACUCUCCAAUGGCAACCACUGAAUCAGUAUCCCUGCGCAGUGUGACUGUUCCAGUUCAACCACUCCAAGCUGCUCAACGGGACGACUUGGGCAUUAGGGGAGAUUGUGCUUCACUUUUGACUGUUUCAUUUACCUGGCAUCUUUCUGAACCCGACUCUAAAGACGAGAGUGAUAUGAGGUGCAGCUUCCUCCCUGGGUUGUGAUCCCAUGAGACUGACCUGCUGCCCUACUCCUGAACCUUGUUGAGAUUAUUGACCUGUAACUCCACUCCUUCUGCCUUUUCGCUGCAUUGGAAUCUGCCAAAUGUUCAUUAAUUAAAUGUCACAGAUUCUGGACGAUUUACAGUUUUUAAAUAAUGUAUAAAACCAUUUUGACCUGA